GAUAAAGUCCUGCUACGAUUAAUUACAUUAUGUAAUAAAGAUUGGUGCGAAAAAUUGUUCAAGAGCAAGGUGUACAGUCAAGUGUUUUCUUUUUUUCGCUCUUCAAGAAUUCUCAUUCACGUUUUUAAUUCGAAAAAGCAACGAUGAUGAAUACAACGGACAUGAUGGAUUACGUUCAAAAUUCAAGUUACAACUCAACGCACAACGAUAUGGGGCAGAAUUGCGAGGCUGAAUUGCCAAUCAUCGCCCUGGUCAAUCAGAUUCUCUACUCUAUCGUCUGCAUUGUCGGACUUCUCGGGAACACUUUGGUCAUUUACGUCGUCCUACGCUUCUCGAAGAUGCAAACAGUGACGAACAUGUACAUCGUAAACUUGGCGAUCGCGGACGAGUGUUUCCUCAUAGGUAUACCAUUCUUAGUGACGACGAUCAGUUUGCGUAGCUGGAUCUUCGGCAAGAUCAUGUGCAAAGCAUACAUGACCACGACAAGUAUUAAUCAGUUCACUAGCAGCAUCUUUCUAUUCAUUAUGAGCGCGGAUCGUUACAUUGCCGUGUGCCACCCGAUAUCAUCCCCGAAGAUGCGUACGCCGUUCAUUUCCAGAGUGGUCUCGCUUACCGCCUGGGCCACCAGCGCUCUCUUCAUGGUCCCAGUAUUUCUUUACGCGAACGCCAUGGAAUCUCCGGAAGGUGUUGUCAGUUGUAAUAUUUACUGGCCCAACGAUCGCGGCGGCCAGACUUCUUUCACCCUUUACACUCUCAUCCUAGGCUUCGCCGUUCCUCUGGUUCUCAUACUGAUCUUUUACUUCCUCGUGAUCAAAAAGCUACGCACGGUGGGGCCGAAAAACAAAUCGAAGGAAAAGAAACGAUCGCACCGAAAGGUCACCAAGCUGGUGCUAACAGUGAUCACUGUGUAUGUAUUCUGCUGGUUACCCUACUGGGUCACUCAAGUGGCGCUGAUAUAUACCCCGCCGAAGCAAUGUCAGACUAGCAUCACCAUUACUAGCUUCCUCCUAGCUGGUUUUCUCAGCUACAGCAACAGUGCAAUGAAUCCAAUUCUGUACGCUUUCCUGAGCGAUAAUUUCAAGAAGAGUUUCCUGAAGGCGUGCACCUGUGCGGCUGGCAAGGAUGUGAACGCGGCGUUGCACAUCGAGAACAGUGUGUUCCCAAGAAGAAACAAGACCAACGUCGAUAGACUCCAAUCUAACCGGUUGGUCACCUCCGGACACUCUAGGAUAGAACUCGAGGACGAAGAUGCGGAAAGAGGUUUGCUCAUCAGCAAAACCUCUACCACCACAGUGACCAUGACCUCGCGAUCGAACAUCACAAUUAGCAGCGAGCCUAGAGACCUGGCGCAGAGGGAUAAGGAUUUAAUUAAAAACGGUGCACAAUUAACUUUAUUGACGCAGGUUUAAAGCUCUCCCUUCCGACCGGACACCACGGCGAUUCUGGAACAAGAAGCUCUCCAUUGCCCGUUGGAAAUGAUAGACUGUCUUAUCCGGAUCCUGAUUGUAACAACGAUAUUCGUAUCUAUUGCGCUUUUCACGAAGAUGGAGAAUCGGAAUCAAGUGCAGUGGUAAAAAAUUAAAGAUGCAUCGGCUUGUCAGUGAUCUACGUGACAUCGACAAGUGAUUUCAGUGCUAACAAUGUGAUCCGAAAUUCUUUAUGGAAACACACAACGAUCGUAAGAAUGCAUCGUAUGGAAUGCCGACGUAGUCGCUGAAUAUGAAUAGAAAGAAAGAAGAAGCUGCGCUUUGCAUAGAUAUUGAAUUCUUGGUGCUAUCUGUUUCGAUAUAAUAAUUAACCGAAUAAUUUGAAAGUCAUUGAUGUUAUAGUCUAGAAAAAUUUGUAUGAAUCAACGCGAGACAUAUUUUAGAAUCAGCAUUAUCGUGAAGA